AUGAAGUUCGAUCGAAGCCUUCUCCGAACCAUCCAAUCAUUAUUACCCGUGCAAAUUUUUAUCGGCUAUGUAUUUGUGAUAUCUGGCUUAAUUGUAAAUGCUGCUCAACUGCUUUCAGCUAUUUUGAUUUGGCCGUUUAGUAAGCAACUUUAUCGUCGUGUGAACUAUUAUCUCGGAACAUUACUGUGGAGUCAAUUGACUUUUCUAUAUUCAUGGUGGGCCGAUUCCAAUGUGACUUUCUAUGUUGAUCCAAAGGAUAUUAAAGAAUUGCCCAAAGAAUAUGCGAUUAUCCUUGUUAAUCAUCGCUUUGAAAUCGAUUGGUUAAUCGGAAUGGUUGCUGCACAAAAGCUAGGUAUACUUGGAGGAUUGAAAAUAGUUGGAAAACGUUCGUUGAGUUUAAUACCACUUCUUGGUUGGUCAUGGUUUUUUACGGAAUCGAUCUUCUUACGGCGUGUUUGGGAAACUGAUAAGAAAGUGUUAGAAAAUGAUAUCCAUCAACUUUUACAUGGUUAUCCUGAUAAUUAUUAUUUUAGCUUUUUGAUGGCUUGUGAAGGUACUCGAUAUACGGAAAGAAAACGUGAGGAGAGCAUGAAAUAUGCACGUGAGAAGAACCUACCUGAACUAAAAUAUCACAUCUUACCACGUACACGAGGCUUCACUAUGAUCAUGCAAGGUGCAAAAGGGAAAAUACCUGCCGUUUACGAUUUUAUGCUUGCGUUUUCGAAAGACAGUGCUUCACCAACAUUUCGCACCUUGCUCAAGGGAGAGUCGUGUAAAGCUCAGCUUUACAUCAAACGAUACCCGAUCGCAGGAAUCCCAUAUGAAGAUGAAUCGAAAUGCGCCGAUUGGUUGCAUCAUCUUUUCCAAGAAAAAGAUCGUGUUUAUGAACAUUUUGUUCAAUAUGAUAACUUCGUUGGCCUCGGUGUUCCGCAAAUACCUGUUGUUCGGAAUUAUUCUGAUCUACUGAUUCAAUUAUUUUGGCUUCUAAUCAUCGGUUUUCCAUCUUUAAUCUGGUUUGUUCAGUUUAUUUUCCAUAGUACGUUCCUCGCGAAAAUCAUCUUCUCAAUCAUUAUUUUUCUUGCUUAUGUGACUCUACAAUUAAUGAUAAACAUGUCCGUCAUUAAAAGUGAUACAAAAACAAGCAAAACGAAAUAG